AAACACAUUGUUAGAGAUUGGGCAAAAUUCCCAAAUACCCUCAGCCUCUAAUAAUCAAGUGGCGAUUUGGCGGGUGAUCGACUUAUCAUUCCUUAUUAUCACACACGCCAAUUUGAUUCUGAAAUUUCGUAUUCUCUCUCCUCUACCUCGUGCUCGAAUUGCAGAAGCUCGUUCCAGAAUUCACUAAUGGAGGGUGUUAUAGCAUUGAUGCGGCCAAUGCCUGUAUCCACAAAGCCCGGAGCUACAUUACCUCGACUUUCUGUCAGAAAAUAUUCUCAAUGCAUUUCAACUGGCUUUGGUAAACGUAAUGUGUGCUUGAUUCGAGCUCAACAGCUUGACUCCACGGAAGCAUCCGCUUCAGAUUCGUCACUUGUGAGUGAUUCCCAGGAGAAUACUCCUAAAAUGAAAGAAUGGGAGGUACAAGAAGAAGUAGCUGCCAGACAAGGAAUAACAAUCCGAAGACGGCCACCAACAGGGCCCGCUUUGCACUAUGUGGGUCCUUUUGAGUUUCGACUUAAUAAUGAAGGCAAUACUCCACGAAAUAUCUUGGAGGAAAUCAUAUGGCACAAGGACGUGGAAGUCUCACAGUGGAAAGCGAAAAAGCCCCUUGUUGUUUUGAAGAAGGCUCUGGGCAGUGCUCCUCCAGCAAGGGAUUUCAUUGGUGCUCUAAGAGCAGCUCAACAGCGCACUGGAUUGCCUGGUUUAAUUGCGGAGGUUAAAAAGGCUUCACCAAGUAGAGGUGUUUUGAGAGAGGACUUUAAUCCGGUUGAAAUAGCCAAAGCUUAUGAGAAAGGUGGAGCUGCAUGUCUAAGUGUUUUGACGGAUGAGAAGUACUUUCAGGGAAGCUUUGAGAAUUUGGAGGCUAUACGUAAAGCAGGAGUCAAGUGUCCUUUAUUAUGCAAAGAAUUUAUAGUGGAAGCUUGGCAAUUAUUCUAUGCAAGGACUAAAGGGGCAGAUGCUGUUCUAUUGAUUGCUGGUGUUCUGUCUGAUCUAGAUAUUAAAUACAUGACCAAGAUAUGCAAAAUGCUGGGAUUAACAGCACUAGUUGAGGUGCAUAAUGAAAGGGAAAUGGAUCGUGUGCUUGGAAUCGAAGGGAUUGAACUGGUGGGAAUCAAUAAUCGUGAUCUUGAGACAUUUACUGUUGAUAUUAGCAAUACAAGGAAACUACUUGAUGCAAGACGAACAGAAAUUAUUCGUGAGAAGGGCAUCAUUGUGGUUGGGGAGUCUGGACUUUUCACGCCUGCUGAUAUUGCUUAUGCGCAAGAAGCUGGUGUCAAAGCGGUUUUGGUUGGCGAGUCCCUCAUUAAGCAACCUGAUCCUGCCAAGGGGAUUACUAAUCUUUUUGGUAAAGAUAUAUCUGUAUAAGUUACAAUUAAGGGAGAGCUAAUUUUGGCAUCAAGCAAAGUUUAGGCCUGUAAGCUUAGUAUAGAGGGUAAUGUUACAUUGUUUGCAUCUUUUGUAGUUUAGCAAUUUAUUCUUCAGAUUAAAAUGCCUGUUGUAAUUUUGCCUCCAUGAAACGGAUGUAUGUAAGUACUAUCUUCUAUAUGAGCUUCACUUUGCUUCAAUUGAAGAAGGAAUUGGUCA